AUGGUCCAAAUCACCCCAGUCAGCGUGACGGAUGAGAAAGCCGGUGCGCCGUACGAAGACCGCGACGAGGACUACUCCGACAUCUCAGACAACGAGUCCGUCGCCUCUCUCUCCGGCGCGGACUCGGACGACGACGACGACGAUUAUCUCGCGGACGAAACCCUCGCGGACCGCAUCGUUGCGCUGAAAGAGAUCAUCGCGCCGCAGUACCGUCCGUACAUCACGUCGUUCGUGCAGUCUACCGUCGGAUGGGUCGACUGGACGCUCAGCGCGGGGUGGAGCGUCACCACGGGCGUGCUGUUUUUGGGAUCGCCGCUCGCAAUCAUGCUUGCCGGCAACGCCGCGGGUUCGAGACAGGACUUGUCGGUGCAGGCGCAGGAGUCAAGCGAGAUUAUCGCUCCCGGUGCGUCGUUGUAA